CGCCAACGUCACCUAACCCCCUCACCCCCCCAGCUCUCUCCGCAUCACGUCUUCACGCCCCCGGCCACGCCAGUGACGCCGCCACCGCUCGAAACCCCAUCUUCCCAUCUUCCCAGCUCGUACCCGAGUGACUGUGAACCGCCCUCCCUCGUCUCUCGUCUCACCGUCUGUCACCCUUCAACGCUCCGACCCCCAGGUCCCAGGUAUAUAGCUGCGAGUGUAAUAAGCAAAGAAAAGAAAAAAAGAUGUUUUGUAGGUAUAGGUGUACGUCGGGUGUAUGAUCCUGAAUCCUUGAUCCUUGAAGAGGGAUGCGUGCGUUGCGAGGCGAGUCUGAAGGAAGCAUGGAUGAAUGAGGAAUGUGGAAUGAAGAACGAGGCAUUAAUGAAGGACCGAUUUUCUUGGCUUGGCUUUAUCACGAAUCCAUUCAUGAUUCGGAGACCCGAGCUUGGUUGGCUGCUUCAUUCAUACUCUUUCUCUUCAUUCUCUCAGUUCUCGUUCUCGUUCAGACCUGCCAAGCCAGCGUAUACGGUAUAUGAUGCACAUAUGGAAUGGCUUGAAUGGCUUCAAAUGCGAAAAGAGUAGAGUAAAGCUAGGAAGAACAACAUGAGAUAAGAGAGGAUGUGCAGAACGCGAACAAGUACACUAUUAAUGGGAUGAUGGCGAUAGCUGGAGGGAGUGUGAUGAAGAAAUGUCCACCACAUCAGUCCACUCUGCCCUGUCUGUCUUUCGCGACCUCGCAUAAUGCAACUGCAAAACAAAGCACUAUAUGCCUGACUGUUUGGCGUCCUAGGGGGACGAUAUCGGCGCCACGAUCUGACACCGCCACAUGACAAAACCGGAAAGCACCGAAUAAAUUCCUCGGCAUCUCCCAUUUCCCCACCCGACCAUCCGGACUGCGCACAUCACUCCAUCUAGGGAAAAACCGAUCUCGAUCGACCCUAUUCCUCCGGAUCUCGUGAUGGCAGCACUUUCGUUGGGGAGGGGUCGAGGUGGCGCGUUGACAUAUUAAACAUAGGAGGGAGGUGCGCACCGGGGUCAUGGUUUUUGCAAAGCAUGUAAGAUGUGUGCAAAUGGAAGAGUGUUAUUAUAGAGUACAGUAAUGGAUGGGGCGUUUUUUCUGGUCUUUUUCUUUUUGGCUGUGCGAGGACGGGACGGUAGGAUAUGAUUUGGGAGAGGCGCAGUUACUGAGAGCUCGAAACGCGGGUGGCGUCCGAGUCCUGUGCGGGGGCCGAAAAGCUGACCUGGAUAAUGCGAUGGGCUCGGUGGAACGAGGCGAGGAAAGGAACGGAUGUGCGUUGAAGAUGGCUAAAAAUGGCUAAGAUGGGAGGGAGAUGCGAGAUGAGAAGUGUCGUCGUCGUGUAUGUAUGUAUAAAAAAAAAAAAAAA